AACACUCUGCUAAAGCUAAGGACUGCAACAACUAACAUGUAACCAAAGGUCUUUGAUUUCUUUCUUUACUCUCCCUCAGCUUCCAUCUCUUCACAAUCUUUCACUUGUAUCACAGCCUCACAUUAACAAUGGUCGGAAGUGAGCAAAUCAGGCCAUUAGCCCCGGCCUCCGACCGCCAUACAAGCGACCACAAUGUCAAUAUCCAAACAGCCAAGACAAAACCUCUGAAAACAAGAACAUGGUUCAGAGUCUCUAUCUACAUUGCAGCAUUUUUUCUCCUCAUAGCCAUAGUCACCGUGAUCUUGAUAUUUACAAUUUUCAAAAUCAAGAACCCGAAAAUUAACUUGAACCAGAUCUCAAUCAACCAACUUGAUCUGACCAAUGCGACAUCAAUAUUAACAAGCCAAAACAUAUCUCUGACAGCACAUGUCUCCGUCAAGAACCCAAAUUAUGCAACAUUCAAGUAUCCCAACACGAAUACGAACCUGUAUUACCGUGAGACAGUCAUUGGACAAGCCAGAGGACCUGCAGGCGAGGCAAAGGCGAGGCGCACUGCCUAUAUUAAUGAAACAGUGGAUGUGAUGAUCGUGAAAUUAGUGAGUAAUCCCAGGUUUCAAAGUGACAUAAGAUCUACGUUGUUGCCGAUCACUAGCUACACAAUAGUUGGAGGGAGGAUCAAAGUGUUGAAUUUUAUAAGGAGACAUAUUAGUGUGAGCUUGAACUGUAGUGUGCUGGUAAAUCUAACAAGCCAGGCCAUUAAAGAACAGAAAUGCAGUAGAAAGGUCAAAUUAUAGACAAUUAAAUAGAUGUGUGUCUGCAAUCUAUAUAUUAUCAUGUAAUAUUUCACAUUUUUGUAGUCUUUUAUAAAUUUUACAACCAAAAGUUUAAUCCAAAGGAGAAAUAUGUAAUUCUCUUAAUUAUGUUGCUGUCAACGUAAUUUAAUCUCACAUAUAUUUCUUGCUCAACACAAUUUUUAAUCU